UCGCACCAGGGCUGUUGCCUUCCUAGAGGCUUCUCCUCCUUCGGCCAGCGCUGGGGAGGCACCUGCCUCGGAGUUCCUUUCCCACUCUCCGCCCCCCGUUAGGCUGCAGUUUUUAUUUAUGUCGCCUAGACCCUCGGCUCCCGUCCCGUGUAUCUAUCUCUAUUCACCCAGCUUCCGGCCCCGAACCGGCUCGCUAAACUCAUUAUUAUGCCUUCGACAUUUGGUCCUGAUGUCGAGGGAUAGCGCAGAAAGUUUGACUAAGCUCGGCGAAGCUGUUUUGGAACUGCUGUGGAGAGAUGGGGAGAAAUCACCACAAAUCUUUAUUUUAAACCGGAAGAUACUGCCCUGCUCAGUCCCUGAAAUAGGGAUUUUCAGACGCUGAAAACUUUCCAAGUGCUCUGCCCUGGCCGAGAAAGAGCUUCCUGCCUGAGUUGGAAGGCUAGUUCAGAGUGAACUUUUUGCUUUUGUUCUUUGGGAAAUUACAUAAUAAGUCGGAACAGUUGGAGCCCAGGACUGUAACAAAAUGCAUGUCGUAGAGCUGCCUGAUGCCGCGCUUGGCGACUUAAUUGGAACGACGCUCUUUCCCCCAGACUGGGAAGUGACAGUCCCUGUUUAAUGUUUAUUGAGCCUCCUGGCUUUGCACCCUUCUAGUACUACGUUCCUGCUUGGCUUUACACCUUCCUGGGCAGUGGUACUUAGUUAAUCACAUUAAACCUUACCCUAGAUGACAACUUCACAAGGAUCUAGAACGAACAGGGUUAAAGAUGACUGAAUACUGGGCUCCAGAAAUUUAGAAACAAUCAGGACUGCACAGGACCAUGGAAGACCAUAUGGAAGAAGAACUUUUCCUUCUCUAUGGAAAAAGUGGCAAGAUGCCAGUGAAAGAUGAGAGAGGUGGCUUGGAUGUGAGCAAAGUAGCGAAGCCAGUACAGGCUACUGUGUCAUCUUUGAAGAUGUUAGAUGUGGGAAAGUGGCCAAUUUUCUCCCUUUGUUCUGAGGAAGAACUGCAGUUAGUUCGUCAGGCCUGUGUCUUUGGCAGCGCUGGCAAUGAAGUUUUAUAUACUACAGUAAAUGAUGAGAUUUUUGUGCUUGGCACAAACUGCUGUGGCUGUUUGGGAUUAGGUGAUGUCCAGAGCACCAUUGAACCUCGGAGACUGGAGUCUUUAAGUGGCAAAAAAAUUGCCUGCCUCAGCUAUGGGAGUGGUCCACAUGUUGUCCUUGCAACAGCAGAAGGAGAAGUCUUUACCUGGGGUCACAAUGGUUACAGUCAGCUGGGCAAUGGGACAACUAAUCAUGGUCUAGUGCCCUGUCAUAUCUCUACUAAUUUGUCAAACAAACAAGUCAUUGAAGUGGCCUGUGGGUCUUACCAUUCUUUGGUGCUAACAUCUGAUGGAGAGGUAUUUGCCUGGGGUUAUAAUAACUCUGGGCAGGUAGGGUCUGCAUCAACAGCUAAUCAGCCGAUCCCUCGCAGAGUCACGGGCUGCUUACAGAAUAAAGUAGUUGUGAACAUAGCCUGUGGGCAGAUGUGCUCCAUGGCAGUGGUGAACACUGGGGAGGUCUAUGUCUGGGGUUACAAUGGAAACGGGCAGCUGGGACUCGGCAGCAGCGGUAACCAGCCAACCCCCUGUAGGGUAGCAGCUUUGCAAGGCAUUCGUGUCCAGCGGGUUGCCUGUGGCUAUGCACACACAUUAGUAUUAACAGAUGAAGGUCAAGUGUAUGCUUGGGGCGCAAAUUCUUAUGGCCAGUUGGGCACUGGCAAUAAAAGUAACCAGUCCUACCCUACUCCUGUUGUUGUGGAAAAGGACAGAAUUACAGAGAUUGCGGCCUGCCACUCUGCCCACACGUCUGCAGCCAAGACGCAGGGAGGGCACGUGUACAUGUGGGGCCAGUGCCGGGGCCAGUCGGUGACCCUGCCUCACCUCACCCACUUCUUCUCCACCGACGACGUGUUCGCCUGCUUCGCCACGCCCGCCGUCACCUGGCGCCUCCUGUCCGUGGAACCUGACGGCCACCUCACCGUGGCUGAGUCCCUGAAGAGAGAAUUUGACAAUCCCAGCACCGCAGACCUGAGAUUUCUGGUGGAUGGAAAGUACAUUUAUGCGCAUAAAGUCCUUCUCAAAAUUAGGUGUGAGCAUUUUCGCUCUUCGUUGGAAGACAGCGAGGAUGAUAUUGUAGAAAUGAGUGAAUUUUCAUAUCCUGUUUACCGAGCCUUCCUGGAGUACCUGUACACAGACAGCAUCAGCCUGUCCCCCGAGGAGGCCGUAGGAUUGCUAGAUUUGGCUACAUUUUAUAGAGAAAAUCGUUUGAAAAAACUCUGCCAACAAACUAUCAAGCAAGGAAUCUGUGAGGAGAACGCCAUCGCGCUGCUCUCGGCCGCCGUGAAGUAUGACGCUCAGGAUUUAGAAGAAUUCUGCUUCAGGUUUUGCAUAAACCAUUUGACUGUAGUAACACAGACGUCAGGCUUUGCAGAAAUGGACCAUGAUCUCUUGAAGAACUUUAUCAGCAAAGCAAGCAGAGUUGGAGCCUUUAAAAAUUAAUCCUCACCUGCAGGAAAGAAUUUUUAGCAUUUCCAUUUUCCCUGCAAAAGCCAGAGAAUAAUUUCUCUUUAAUAGUAUUUAUGAUGAGCUACAUUUGGCUGAAUACUUAAUAUUCUGUCAAAAGAAGGAUGGUGGUCAGUCUUCCCCACCUUUUGAAAUCCACAAUCUAGAGAGAAGGCAUUAAAUGCUCUCUGAUCAGAUGGGACUAAGCUCAAGGGAAAAAAGUUGAAAUGUCUUACUAUACUUAACCAUUUCCUCUUUCGAGUCACUUAAGUUGGAGACUUUUGGUAGGUACAUGGGUCUAAGUAUAUGCUAUUCUGGCCAAAUUUCCAUAUUCAACAGGCUGAUACCACACAGAUAGCUUGACAAGGAAUGCUGUCACUAGCACACUUGCAGCAUCCAGCACAGUGCCUUGCAUAGAGUAAGGCACUCAGCUUAUUAUAUAAAUCUUAAUUAUGCCCCGAGAAGAGCUUUAUUUGUGGGAUACUGGAUGAAGGAAUAACGUUCACAAAACGAAUUUAAAACAUCUGAGGCUCAUAUUCUUCUGUACCUCGUUCUGAGAAAUAGCGGCUGAUUUAGAGUGUUAAUUGGAAUUCACAAAAGGCCUUAGCAAUUACAUUGUCAAAGACCCAAGGGCUAAUUUUAAUUCCCUCUUUACUCUGAGUCAUUAAUUUCUCACACGGGGUUAUCGAGUAAGAAGUGUACUAUCUUUGAAUGAAUGUUGUUUCUGGGCUCAUUUGCCUUACAUAAUUGCAUAAUGUCCUUUACUUUUGUGUGAAGAGAGAUUUGCCUCUGUAAGUAAAAACGAUUUUGUUUUUCUUGUAGUUGACUUUUAUGUCACUGUAAGGUCUUUUAACUUGGCACAGUGUAAUUACAAAGUACUAGCCGAAAAGGAACUAUGCUUACAUUUCAUGGACAGCCACUAGUAAGAAAGAGAUAAAUUUAUACUGUUUAGAUCAAGUUACCCAACUACAAAUGAGAAACUGGAACAGGAUGUAGGAUGUAGAGUCUCCUAACAUGUAUUUUCACAAUAUGAUACUAUGUAGAGAAACCUCUUUUGGAAACCUUGUUCUGAUGCUGAACUGUUUGAUAAUAAAGUGCUUAUUUGCAGAUAAUAG